AUGCGGUUCUUCUCUCGAAAACACCAACAACCGCAAGAGCCGGAGCACGACAAUGACGAGCAACCCCCGACGGACUCCUCGGAGUCGAAGGGCGACCUAAGCAAGAUUGUCGCUGAGAAUGACGUCGCCGCUUCUGCCAACCAGGCCGCGGGCACCGCCUGGCUGGCCGGACAUUUGAACCAUUUGACGCCAGAGCAGGAAAAAAAGUUGGUCGAGUUCAAGGCAUUGGUUGAGGAGAAAGGGUAUUAUAAGCCUGGGAAGGAGGAUGGGGAACCUGCCUCUCACAGUGAUGCUACGCUCUUGCGAUUUUUGCGUGCACGCAAGUUCGAUGUUCAAGGCGCUUACAAACAAUUCACGGAAACGGAGGACUGGCGUAAGGAGAAUAAAAUCGAUGAUCUGUAUGAAAAUAUCCGAUUGGAACCGUACGAGCGGACGCGGCAGAUGUAUCCUCAAUGGACAGGUCGCCGAGACCGUCGCGGUAUCCCCGUCUAUCUCUUUGAAGUGCGCCACCUGACGAACAAAAACGUGUCCAACUUCUCGCACGAAGUGAGCGAAAAGGGUGCGUCUGAAACGCACAAGGACUCGGCCAUUCCGGCGCGUCUUCUCUGUCUCUUCUCACUCUACGAGAACCUGCUUCAAUUCGUGCAUCCGUUAUGCUCUUCGCUGCCACGACCCAAUCCCGAAACCCCAAUUGUCUCUUCGAAUAACAUCGUCGAUAUCAGCGGCGUGAGCUUGAUGCAGUUUUGGAACUUGAGAAGUCACAUGCAAGACGCAAGCGUUUUGUCUACAGCUCACUAUCCCGAGACGUUGGAUCGGAUUUUCAUUAUCGGAGCUCCUUCAUUCUUCCCCACAGUCUGGAACUGGAUUAAACGCUGGUUUGACCCCGUUACCGUGUCCAAGAUUUUCAUCCUGUCCUCUUCCGAGGUCAAAUCCACCUUGGAAACAUUCAUGGAACCUUCAUCCAUCCCAUCGCAGUACGGAGGGACUCUCGAUUUCCAAUGGGGCGACCUGCCCAAUCUAGACGAUGCAGCGCUCGAACUGGCAGGCGGCAUCAUAUCCCCGCCAACAAGCGCUGGUGGGAAGCCGCAGUACCUCAAGGGUCCGAUGAGAUUCCUCGGUGAUCGAAUUGAGGUUUUGGGUACGGAUCAGGGCAAACCCAGACGCGCAAAUAUCCCCGUUUCUGUGCAAAAGAAAGGAAGUGAGGAACCGGCAGAAGUAGCAGAAGAUAAAGAGCAAUCAACAACAACCCUGCCCGUCGCGACAACGCAAGAUCCAAGCGAAAAACUGGAGCAAUUAGAAACUGACGCUGCUACUGCUGCUACUACUACUACCGCAACUGCAUAA